AUGGAAGAUGAUGAUGAAUAUGUGAGUGAUGACCUAGAUAGCUCAGAUCCGAAUAUUUCAGAUGAUGAGAAAGUCCCAAAGUUUGAAAAGUUUAAGAGAGAACAUUUCGAUAAGAAUUUUAAAUUUGAGUGGGAUAUGGAAUUAAAUUUCCUAGGUGACUUUAGGGAGGAAAUACGUGAGUGGUCCGUAUUAAAUGGUAGGGAAAUAAUCUUUUGUGAAAAACGAGAGCUACAUGGUAAGGGUCAAAUGUAUGGCCAAAUGUGGAUUUUUAAUACUUUGCUCAAAAUUGGGCCAUAUGCACACUUAUGCUAUAAAAACCAUGUUUGA